UAUCUGCUGCCGUAAACCCAGUCUCUCUGUGUGAGAGGAACAGCAGUGAAAAUGAAGUCCUCUACAUAAUAGUCUGUAAGAAAAGAGGGUAUCACAACCUACCCUAAGAAGACCUGUGUAAAUUGUAGGUUGACAUAACCCUGGAUACUUUAGGUUUGCAAGACUCCAGUGGUCACCAUGGCGACAGACAUCGGUUCCCCGCCGCGGUUCUUUCAUAUGCCUCGGUUUCAGCACCAGGCACCCCGUCAGCUGUUCUACAAGCGGCCAGACUUCGCUCAGCAGCAGGCCAUGCAGCUUACCUUCGAUGGCAAACGGAUGAGGAAGGCCGUGAACCGCAAGACCAUUGACUACAACCCAUCAGUUAUCAGAUACCUGGAGAACCGGCUCUGGCAGCGUGAUCAUAGAGAUUUUCGGGCCAUCCAACCUGAUGCAGGGUGUUACAAUGAUCUUGUGCCUCCAAUGGGAAUGCUCAACAACCCCAUGAAUGCAGUUACCACCAAAUUUGUCAGAACCUCCACCAACAAAGUCAAAUGCCCUGUCUUUGUUGUACGGUGGACGCCAGAGGGCAGGAGACUGGUCACUGGUGCCUCCAGUGGCGAGUUCACUCUGUGGAACGGGCUCACAUUCAACUUUGAGACAAUCCUGCAGGCUCAUGACAGCCCUGUUAGGGCCAUGACGUGGUCUCAUAACGACAUGUGGAUGCUGACAGCAGAUCAUGGAGGCUACGUCAAGUUCUGGCAGACCAACAUGAACAACGUCAAGAUGUUCCAGGCCCACAAGGAGGCGAUUAGAGAGGCCAGUUUCUCACCGACGGAUAGUAAAUUUGCCACUUGCUCUGAUGAUGGAACUGUACGCAUCUGGGACUUUCUCCGGUGUCACGAAGAGAGGAUUCUAAGAGGUCAUGGAGCAGAUGUGAAGUGUGUCGACUGGCAUCCCACCAUGGGCCUGGUGGUUUCGGGGAGCAAAGACAGCCAGCAGCCAAUCAAAUUCUGGGACCCAAAGACGGGGCAGAGCCUGGCCACACUCCAUGCCCAUAAGAACACUGUGAUGGAGGUGAAGUGGAACCUCAAUGGCAACUGGCUUUUGACGGCGUCACGUGACCACCUGUGCAAGCUCUUCGAUGUACGAAACCUGAAAGAAGAGUUGCAGGUCUUCAGGGGUCACAAAAAAGAGGCCACAGCGGUGGCCUGGCACCCUGUCCAUGAGGGCCUGUUUGCUAGUGGGGGAUCAGAUGGGUCUCUCCUCUUCUGGAAUGCAGGGGUGGAGAAGGAGGUUGGUGGCAUGGAGAUGGCACAUGAGGGGAUGAUCUGGAGUUUAGCAUGGCAUCCGUUGGGUCACAUCUUGUGCUCUGGCUCCAAUGACCACACAAGCAAAUUUUGGACCAGGAAUCGGCCAGGAGACAAAAUGCGUGACCGUUACAACCUGAACCUUCUCCCGGGGAUGUCUGAAGAUGGCAUGGAGUACGAUGACAAUAUGGAAGCCAACAAUAUGGCUUCCAUACCUGGCAUGGGAAUACCAGAACAGCUCAAAGCUGCCAUGGAACAAGAACAGACUAACAAAGAGCCAGCGCCUGAGGCAGAGAUGACAAUCCCGGGGCUGGACUGGGGUAUGGAGGACCUCAUGCAGAAAGACCUGAAGAAAGUUCCACAGAAGAAAGUGCCGUACGCUAAGCCCAUCCCUGCUCAGUUCCAGCAGGCCUGGUCAGAGAACAAGGUUCCAGUACUGCCUGCCUCGGAGAUGCCCAAAGCCAUGAUGAAGGAUGAGAAGAUGAUGGAUGGCAAAAAGAAGACGCAAGCAGAGAUUGAACAGGAGAUGGCAGCUCUGCAGUAUACCAACCCAAUGCUACUAGAGCAACUGAAGAUCGAGAGGAUGGCCCAGAUACAGUCUGAGCAGGGCAUGCCUCCCCCUGGUGGCCAGCCGGGGAUGAUGCCCCCUUUCCCCGGUCAGGGAGGACCGAUGCCCCCAGGCCCACCCCCCAACUUCCCCCAGAACAUGCCCCCACAGAACAUGCCCCCGCCCAACAUGCCGCCCAUGGGCUCCGGUGGCAUGCAGGGCGGCCCGUUCAUGGGACACCAGGGACCCAACAUGGGACCCUCAGGCCCACAGGGACCCCCGCAGGGCAUGAUGGGCUCUAUGGACUUUCACGGCCACCAGGGCAUGCAGAGGCACCCAGGGGGGCCGCCGAUACGGAACAUGGGGCCCCAGGGUCAUCACGGGAUGCCGCCCGGUGGUGGACGUGGCAUGCCAGGACCUCCCCCGGGAGGCGGCAUGCAGAACUCUCCAGGUGGCAUGAUGCCACCGCGGGGAAUGGGACCCAGGGAUGGGCAGGGGCCGCAACAGGGAGGGAUGAUGCACCAGGACAUGCGAGGGCCAGCGCCCCAUGGCAACAUGAUGGGCCCGGGCCCUGGCCCUCAGGGGCCUAUGCAGGGAGGAGGCAUGAUGGGUCCUCCAAUGGCCAAUGCUCCCAGGCCUCCAGGUCCAGGGAUGGGUCCAGGGAACAUGCACGGCAUGGGCAAUAUGUCUGGGCCUCCCCCGGGAGGAAUGCAUGGGCAGGGACCUCCAGGACACAUGCAGGGACCUCCUAUGAAUAUGCAAGGACCCCCGGGUAACAUGCAUGGGCCACCCCCAUACAUGCAGCAGGGUAAACCAGGACAAUUUAAUCAGUCUGGCCAGAAUCAAGGGCCGCAAUCGAUGAUGCAUGGCAUGGCACAGCAGGGACCCAACGGAGAUGGUCGUGGGCCUCCCCCCAAUCACCACAUGGGUCCACCACAGGGCUCAGGAGGUCCGGGCGGCGGGCCAGGUGGUCCGGGCGGUCCUGGAGGUCCGGGCGGCGGGCCAGGGGGUCCGGGAGGGCAAGGGGGCCCAAGCCAUGGCUCCGAAGGAGGCGGUCAGUACUGGGGCGACAGCAGAGAGGGCCGCCAACACGGCGGUCCAUCUGAUUUCGAGGGUUCGGAGGGGAACUUCCACGGCCAAGAGAACUGGAGGAGAGGCAGCCAGGAUUACCAGCAGGGAGGGGAUCCAAGGAACCACCCUGGGCCUGGGGGCUCCUCCGGGAACUGGGAAGGAGGCCAGGAGAGGUACCAACAACAUGACGGCGAGUUCAGGGGUCACAACAGGUACCGGAGGGGCGGACCAGGAGGCCCCCAUCAUGGUAACCGAGGGUUCAAUGAAGAGUACGGAGGAGAAGAGGGCGGCUUCAAGCCGCAGGAGGACGCUGGCCAGAGCUGGGAGGGCAGAGGAAGAGGCCGACCGCGUGGAGCAGGCCCACCUAGAGGUCAUGAGGGCUACAGGGAGGGGGCGCGGCAGGAACACCAUGACGGCCCGUCGUCAGCUGGCGGCCGAGAGCGCCCCUCCUCUCUACAAGGCAUGGACAUGGCAUCCCUGCCACCACGGAAACGGCCAUGGCAUGAGGGCCCUGGCACCUCUGAUAUGGACAUGUCUGGGCCAGAGGAGAGAGGAGCAGGUCGACCACCACGUGAGGAGGGCGGCGGCUAUGGAAACCGUGGCGGCAGAGGAGGCGGCGGAUGGGGCCGGGGCGGCAGUGCGGACCGGGGAGGAGGAGGGGGCGGGGGCGGCCCCAGCCCUAGCACCAGGCGAGGGUCCAUGCGGGGCGGCCGGGGGCGGUAGUAGAGUUUCCAGACCAAGAGGCCACUGAGGACUUGAGAGGACAGGACUGGGGCCUCCUGACUGGGACGAGCCAAACCAAACCCCAUCCCGACCGACACACAACAAAACCAUGCACGCCUAGCAGAGCCCUGACUGACAUGACCGCAUCCUUACUACAGGAUGGUGGAGUGGUAUUUAUUGGACACGCUAUUGUACACUAUCCAUCUCUGACAGGGUGCCAUGAUCGGGGUGGGACUUUUCUCCUCACUCUGGAGUGGCUUUUCACUGGAGGUGAUCGGUAUGUUGGACAAUUUGGUUCUUUGGGCCUGCAAGUGGUAAAUGAAUGAUAGGAACUAAGAGACUGGACUCAACUACUACUGUCUCUCUCUCAACCUGCAUCACUAGGGGCCCACAUAUAUCUGCCACAAGAAUCUGGACAAUGCUCACCCAGUCCCAAGUUCCACCUUUUUGUGUGGGUUUUGUUUUUUUCCUUUUUACUUUUUGUGUUUGUUUGCGUGGGUAUUUUUCAGCGGGGUGGACACAGAUGGGUUGAGUCUUAAUGGGAAGGUGGUGCUCUGGUGUCUCGAGUUUCAUGACCAGCGUUUUUUUCCAUGUCAGAUCUCAUAUGGUGCAUAGCCGUGUGGGGGCAGGUUUCUCAUUUGUCACCGUGCACUGACUUGCUGCCCCUCCACCUGUGUGUCCUCAGAAGCACUGAUUUACAGGUCAACUUUUCCUGGUCUACCCCCCACUUCCUGGCCAGGUCUGCGACACAUCCUCCAAUCCCAGACCUGAGACUAGUUUCCAUCCAGAGAGGAAAAAUGGGACGGUGCGGUUCAUGGAUUGAAACUAGAUGCUGGUGAAUAAUGAGCCUAUGGCAAUUCUGUUCCCAGGGCUGAUAACUCGAUGUAAAAAAUAAUGGAACAAAAUGAUUCUGUAACAUUACCAAGCUACUCUUGAAAAUCAAUGCUGGUGGCUUUGUUUGUACAGUUUAGUUUGCACAGUCAGUCCAGUUCAUUGAUGUUUGUCAUUGUCUUUUUAAAAAUUAAAAAGUCAUUGUCUUUUUAAAAAAUAAAUAAUGAGAAAAUGGAGAAGAAAUAAAAAAUGUUCAAAUAUUCCAAGUAUA